AAAAAUAAUUACAUAAAUUAAAUUACUUUUCUAUCACGGAUUUGAAACAGACAAAUGAAGAAUAUUAAAGAAUUGGCUUUUUUGCCUUAAAAUGUAAAAUUAUAUAUUAAAAUAUAAAACUUAAGAAUUGGCUGUAUGGCUAACUUUCAUUGCCUUUCUCUUCGAGAAAAACCCUACUACUACUACUUUUCUAUCAAUUGAAUGGGUGUUUGUUUGCUUGUUUGAAAAAGAAACGGCGGAUGGGUGUGUAGUUGUGUGUACCUACUUACUGUAUACAGAUAACUAAAUAACUAAUAUUACUGUGUAUUCUGAACGUUGAAACAUUAAUUGUAUGUCACACCAUUUAAUUCCAAGUUGGGUUCAUAUCUUUUAAGAAAAAUUACAAACCGUCACAAUGUAUGUAAAACUAAUGUUUGUUUCCCUUUUAUGUACCUUUCAAACAGUUGUUUCGAUAAAAUGCUACCAAUGCGCGUCUUCUCAAGAUCACAAAGGGGAAGAUACAUGCGGAGCAUACAGGAAAUUCGAUAGAGAAAGUCACAUAGCUGUAGACUGUGGUAGCGAUGAAUCUCACAUGCCAGGAGCAUUUUGUAUGAAGUUAACUCAACAAGGACCCAAAGGGUUCAUUUGGGAUGGCAGAUGGCGUCAAGUUAUAAGACGAUGCGCAUCUGUAGCUGAGACUGGAGUGACCGGUGUCUGUAACUGGGGUGUCUAUGACAACGGUGUGUACUGGGAAGAAUGUUACUGUACCUCAGAUGAAUGCAAUGGUUCUACGAGUGUAUCUCUCUCAAUUGCAUUAUUCAUGGGCUCAUUGAGCAUAUUGUUUGGCUUGUAUAAGGUCUAGAUUUUUUAUUUAUUUAGGUUUAAAUUAAAGGAGGCGGUAUGUAUUAUGGUAGAUUUUGCGUUAGAGAUUUUAACAGUACUGUUUUAUUAGUAAUAUAGAAUCCCAGCUCUAUAUAAUAUCAUGUAAAAAAAGGCAUACUUAUAUCGUGUCAUACUCUUAUUGUUGUAACUAAAUUCCGAAAAUUUAUAACAACAACAUGAACAUUUGUAGAUAAAUUAUUAACAAAACAAAUACAAAUAUGGUAUAAAAUUCCAUAAAUUUCAAGGUUUCUCAAUUAAAUCUGUGGAGCUAUUAUUUAGUAUAAAAUUACAUAAAUAGACUCAAUAAUUGAGGAACUAAUAUUUUUAACUUGCUCAGUUAUACAAGUUAAGCAUUUUUUAUAGAUAACUUAGUUAAAGCCUAUAUUUUUUAAAAAAGAACCUCCUUUAUUUUAAAUUUACUUGAAUCUAUUUGUUUUUAAAUACCUAUUAUUAUGAUAUAUUAUUAUCACAUGAUAUAUUUUGCAUUUUUAAGAUUUAAUUAUGUAACAUAUUGCCUAACAAAGUGUCUUACAUAAUUUCUCUAGUGUACUAUGAAUCAUAUAAGUGAUUCACAAAGAGACUAUUGUCUAACUUAUUAUGAUAAGUAUGUUAGUUUUAAUUAUACCAGUUCUAUCAACAUUUUAUACGUCCAUUAUAAGACAUAAUUACUUCUUUAUUUUUGUGGCAUAUAUAAUAAUAAAACUCUUUAAAAUAUGAAAUUGUAUUACAGGGUAUAAGAGAAUCACAAAUAACUAAAAAAAAUAUUGGAGAUUAAAAUACUCAUUAUCUUUUGCACAGUAAUAUUCAAUAAUUAGAAAUUAGCUAAUGCUUGAGGUCGACGAAGCUGUGUGAUCUGAAGUGAAAUCAUUACUUAGAUUACAGAUUACAAAAUCCAAUGUGGCUAAAAGAAAAUUUGUUUAUGUUCAAAUUAGAUAUUUUUUUUCAUUUAAAUUGAGAUAGUUACCAUUAUGACAACAGCUCUUAUGCCUUGUAUGUUGAGUUUAAUUAUAAUUAUACUAUUUGUAUUGUAAGGGAUAUUGUCAGUACUUUCUUGUACGAUAACCGUUUUUUAGCUAUGUAAAAAACAUAGAUUUUUUUAAGCACAAAAAAUGUAGGUUCUAAAUAGUAACCAAGUCCGUCCAGUAUAGUAUAAGAUAAAAUGAAUUGAGAAACACCUUAUCAAUUGUAAUUAAGCAUAUGUUAGGGUCUUUUGUGAAAGGAUAUUUUUUUCGAAUAAGAGCGUGUGAAUAAAGUUGUGAGUGAUUAUUACGCGUCACACAUGUCGUCUUCUCGCAUUAAAACUGUAUAAUCUCAAAACUUACUAAUUUUACAGGAGAGUGUUUUAAAGGUUUAACAUGUAAUAUUUUUCAUAUUAAUUAUAUUUGCAACUAUUUUACACCAGUUACAUUAUCUGUCUUAAAGUAACAUAAAAUUAUGUAUUAAUUUUGUUAAUAGUAGUCAAAACAUAGGUAAACUAAAAAAAAAACUCAAAACUAAACUACGCUCUUUUGACAGUAUUUAUUAGAAAAAUACGUACGAAUAUUAACUCAAUAUCGCAUAUUUUUGGAAAUUGUACAUUUUUAAUGCGAAAAGGCGAUAUAAUAUAUAAUUACAUAAAUAAUAUGGAAAGUAGAGAUAAAGAGCACACUCUUUGUCUAUGAAAAAGUGUCUGCCGAAAAACAGUCAAAGGUAUUGGCACCAUAGCAAGUGGUGUAAUUUAGUGAUAGAUAGUGCCAAAACUGGUAUUAAUUUCUUCAACUCUGCACACUACUCCUUUUUACAACUGCCACCUUCAUGUCACACCACUUGCUUUGCUUACACUAUGUUGAAGAAUUUUUGAGUUGUAAUUUUCUACUCACAACUAUAUUUUUUUCAAUUUGUCCCCUCAUUUAAGAUGGUUCUCCUUACCUCUACCCUCCAUUAUUCAUAACAUAAUAAUCAUCAUAAUUAAAUCAGUAUAUUAAUAUUGUUGUGAAAGGUAAUCUAGGGCGCACGUGAUUGUAAUUUCUUCCAUCUUUCAUGGAUAAAACCGCAAUGGCAGCUAAAUACUUCGAGUGUUAACAUUCUAUAUAUAUAUAUAUCGACGCUUGAAAGGCAAACGUGACUAAGCGACAAUGCGUGAACUUUACAGUAGACUAAUUUAAAGUUGGAAUACCUGAAAAAAAAUCUAUUUUAACGAAUCUAGCUGUAGGAUUGAAAUAAUUUUAAUAGACCUAGAAAUAUAUAUUUUUUGCGCCUCGAAUAUGGUUAUUGCCUAUCAUUUAUGUACAAAGCAGUUAUUGUCGCUUAGUCACGUUUGCCUUUCGAGCGUCGAUAUAGAACUUAGUAUACGGAAUACAAUGGUUAUCGACGAUCCGAAUGGCGGUCUUAUGUGCGGAGUCAAGUAGGGUAUUCCAGAACACGUGGUCGAGCCUCGCUGUGCUGUGUAUCACGAGUCUGGCCAGGCGUGAAGUCCUAGCCUAUGUUGAAUGCUCCCGACUUUUAUUUUUAUUUUGAUUUGUUUUUUUUUAUUGCUUAGAUGGGUGGACGAGCUCACAGCCCACCUGGUGUUAAGUGGUUACUGGAGCCCAUAGACAUCUACAACGUAAAUGCGUCACCCACCUUGAGAUAUCAGUUCGAAGGUCUCAGUAUAGUUACAACGGCUGCCCCACCCUUCAAACCGAAACGCAUUACUGCUUCACGGCAGAAAUAGGCAGGGUGGUGUUACCUACCCGUGCGGACUCCCAAGAGGUCCUACCACCAGUAAUACAGUUGUGUAAACAGUUGAAGGUGGUCUAGAGUACUUUCCACCACUAAAUCGCUCACGACAAUCACGCCUGAUCGUAUUCAAGAAACUAACUAUACUUACUAUACUUGAGACCUUAGAACUUAUAUCUCAAGGUGGGUGGCGCAUUUACGUCGUAGAUGUCUAUGGGCUCCAAUAACCUCUUAACACCAGGUGGGCUGUGGGCUCGUCCACACAUCUAAGCAAUAAAAAAAACUUAUUAAUAUUUGUAAUGCAAUAAAUUUUAUUAUAUAAGAAUCUCUUAAGCUGACUGCAUUCUAAAUUGACAAAUUAAUGAAUGAAUAUUGUAAUUUUGUAAUCAUCAUCAAUAACAACAAAUAAAUAUACAUUCUAUUUUGUACACAAA